AAACCCAAACAUGCAUAUACAUAUUAUGAGACGGUUUUCCGCUGUACUCUAUUUCUACUUUCGGAAUUUUCUUUCCCCUUCAAUCUCUCUUCAGGUUAUUUGAAUUUCUGGGCUAAUCAAAAUCAUGCUGGGAUCUUUUCUUCCAAGGGUUCUUCUGAUGGUGUUUGGUUAUGCUUAUCCGGCUUAUGAGUGCUAUAAGACUGUGGAGAAGAAUAAGCCAGAGAUUGAGCAACUUCUGUUUUGGUGCCAAUACUGGAUAUUAGUUGCUAUGCUUACUGUGUUGGAGAGAUUUGGGGAUGCUUUAUUUUCAUGGGUACCAAUAUACAAUGAAGCCAAAUUGGCGUUGUUUAUAUAUCUCUGGUCUUCUAAGGAGAAAGGCACGGCCUAUCUUUAUAAUCGCUUCUUCCGAGACUUUGUGGCACAACAUGAGGCAGAAAUUGAUAGUAAGAUAUUGGAAUUCAGAGUUAAGACUAGGGAUUUUGCAAACCUAUCUUGUCAAAAGGCUCUAAAUUAUGGCCAAAAAGGUGUUUAUGAGAUUUUGGAGUAUGUUUCUUCUCAUCAGUCGGCGCCACAGCCUCAUUCUGAUCAGAAGCAAGAGAAGGGCACUGGAAAAGUAAUUGCUGCUGGUCAGUCUGAAGCUGUGGCAAGGGACCAAAGAACAACAAGCGACUUUGAAGAGAAACCAACUGAAUCAGUACCAUUGUCUGAAAAUGGAACCCCAAUUCUUCCCAGCAGAAAACACUGGUUAAAGAAGCUCAUCAGAUGAUGCGUCGCAUACUGCACCAAAUUAUAUUAAUGUGAUUUACCAAUUUUCAGCCUUUACAAAAUACAAUUUUAUGUCUUGUUAGUCUUAAUUACUUCCUAUGUACCUCAUGAAAACUAAUCAAGACUUA